AUGAGCCCCUACGUCAUUACAAUCCUCCUAUCAAGCCUAGGGCUAGGCACAACCCUCACAUUCAUAAGCUCACACUGACUACUAGCCUGGAUGGGCUUAGAAAUCAACACACUAGCAAUCCUACCCCUUAUAGCCCAACACCACCACCCUCGAGCAGUAGAAGCCACCACCAAAUAUUUUCUAGCCCAAGCUGCCGCAGCGGCAACCAUUUUAUUUGCCAGCACUAUCAAUGCUUGAACAACAGGAGAAUGAGAUAUCUGCUGCCUAACCCACCCAAUCGCAACAACACUAACAAUCAUGGCCCUGGCAUUAAAAGUAGGCUUAGCUCCCAUACAUUUUUGAAUGCCCCCCGUCAUACAAGGACUAGAUCUGCCGACAGGACUAAUUAUAGCAACCUGGCAAAAACUAGCACCAUUCGCACUAAUUAUUCAAAUCGCCCCCUUUACUAACCCCCAAGUAAUUACCGCCCUGGGACUUCUAUCCGUCUUCAUCGGAGGCUGAGGAGGCCUCAACCAAACCCAACUACGUAAAAUUCUAGCCUACUCAUCAAUUGCCCACCUAGGCUGAAUAAUUAUUAUUGUACAAUUUAAACCCCAACUAACAAUCUUGGCCCUCGUUACCUACAUCUUAAUGACCGCCGCAAUCUUCCUUACAUUUAAAAUAACCUCUGCAACAAAAAUCAAUACCCUAGCCACAAGCUGGUCAAAAGCUCCCCUUCUUACAGCAACAGCAGCCCUUUCCCUCCUCUCACUAGGAGGGCUCCCCCCACUCACAGGAUUUAUACCAAAAUGACUGAUUCUACAAGAACUCACGACACAAAACCUCCCGCUCACCGCAACAAUGGCAGCACUCAGCGCCCUCCUAAGCCUCUACUUCUACUUACGACUAUGCUACUCCAUAACCCUUACAAUUUCCCCCAAUACAAACAAUGCAUCAACCCCAUGACGUCUACAAAGCACACAAAAUACAAUACCCCUAGCCGCCUUCACAGCAUCAACCCUCCUUCUACUCCCUCUAACCCCACUAGCACAAGCGCUAGUCAACU